AAUAUUUCUUAUGAUCUUGAAGCCAAACAAGCAUGAUCAGUAGUUAUCAGUUAUUGGCUAGACUUGGUCCAGUAAAUUAAACCCAAAAUGAAUUUUUCGUCGUGGAUAUUUUUCUGCCUGACUUUUGUUAUCUGCAUAUCAACUACUUUGCAAGCGUAUAUUGGCGAAGCUCCUCAAUGUUAUGGUAGCCAGUGCCCUGCAGGAACAACACGCUGCAAAAAGCAUAUGAAAUCACAACAAAAUGGAUAUUUACAUAUAACCAUUAAUUGCCUUGAUGCAUAUGGUGGCAGCUUAAAAGAGUUCUAUUUUGAAAAUCCCUCGACUUUAAAUCCAAAUACGAAGUACGAAAGCACUUCUUAUUCAGAUAUCGGCUCUGUCAAUCCUUACGUGCAGACAAAUUUUGGAAAUGGCGACUACAGAAAUAAUGAAGCAGCAGACCUAAUGGGUUAUGGCUAUUAAUUAAAAAAAAGUGAUUUACAACGGAAUGUAAAAAAGUUUAAUGGUCAUGAUGAAGUUUGUAUUUAUAUCAAAAGAAAAUUGGAACUGUAAUUUGUUGCUUUAUUUUUUUAGGCUGAAAGCAAUUGCCAUUUAGAUCAUUAAAUUUCGGGAUGGGUUUUAUUUUUUUAAUAUAUCUAAAUUAUUAUAUUUGUUAUGUGAUUGUUUAAUGUUGUUAUUUUUAUAACUUUAUAGAAUGAAUCUGUGUUAUUAAAAUUUUAGGCAACUA